UCAGAAAUUUUUUCCCGAGUUUUUAGCAAACAUUUCGUGUUGAAUUCUCUGAUUUGCGGCCAGGAAAACUUCAGCAGAGGAUGUAUGCACGUUGUCAGCUCAGAUCUAUGGGGAACAUUUCCAGCAAAUUGAAUUGCCAAGACAACUGCCCGAUAUGCCUGGACGAGGUGGAGAACGGCGUGGUGACCAACUGUGGUCACGUCUUCUGCACGGAUUGCCUGGAGAAACACAUGAAGCAGAAGAAAGUUAUCGACCAGACAAGCCUGAUGCAGGGUGUUAUCGAGUGGAAACGCCGUCCGAUGCUCUGCCCACUCUGCAAGAGCCGCCUCGACAGAUCCCUGUUCGUCAGUCUGCAAUUCUUCCGGAAGUGAUUGAGAUUUUGGCGCUCGUGCAAUGUGAGGUUAUGUGGCUGAGUGAAGUUUUGUGCUGUGACGUAAGGGAAAUGCUGGUGAGGAGGAUUCCUGUGUUUUGGAGAGGAGUAUCGCGUGGAGUGACCAUGUCUGCGAGUGCUAGAGCUAAGGAGGUGGUUGAGGAGCUGAAGGAGAAGAAUCCCUACUACGAGAAGUAUGCGGAGAAGAUAGCAAAGCUGCAGAAAACCUCGCCGGAAGAGUUUCUGUCGCGUGUUGACAAUUUGGAGAAGGUUAAGAAGCCGGAAAAGGCAGCUCCGGAGGAGAGAACCAGGAGCUACAGUGAGUUGCUGAAGCCGAAGGAGUCGCUGAAGGAGAAGGGAGAAAUUCCGCACAAGAAGCUGGACGACAUCAUGAAGAUAGAUUUGGUUGAGGGCAAGUCUGCCGAUGAGAUCCGGUCCAUUUGGCUGGAGUAUCACAAAAUGAAGGACGUCAUCGCGGCGGCGAUUCCCACGGAGCAAUACGAUUUGCAGCAGAAUCGUGCCAAGUCGCAUCCCAUCUUCGUUCUGCCCAUCCCACGAAGUCAGGGCUUCGAGUUCAUCAUGCUGCAAUUCGCCGCCAACUCCGUGCACUUCACGCCCCUGCUCUGCUACCAGGUGCACAAGGAGAACGCGCCCGAGUGUCUCAACAUUGUGCACUACACGGAGUUCCGGGAGAAGGGAAUUGUGCUGAUGCGCGGCGAGUACGACAGUCAGGUGAUCAACGCCCAGGAGGCGCAGUGUCUGGCCAAUCAGCUGCAGCUGUACUAUGGCCAGAACUCCCAGGACAAACUGCAGCUCCUGGAGACCUUCACCAACCAGCCGGAGAGCUUCAAGCACAUGGACGUGAUCGCAGAGCUGGAGAACCUGAAGAUCAGCACACCGUGAAUUCUUUUCUGUGUCUAGUUUAUUGAAUAUAUACGUGGAUUAACUU